GCCCGGCCCCGGAAGCGCCGCCGGGACCCCUCCGCAGCCAUGUAGGGCCCGCGGCCGGGGCGGGACGCGAGGCGCGGCCGCCGCCAUGGACGGCAGCGGCGGCGCGGCCGCGGCGGGGCCGAGCGUGCCCAACCUGACCCCGCGGCACCGGCAGCUCAUCCCCACGCCCUGCGGCCCCAUAAAGCCAUGCUCAGAGCUCUCAUUCCCUGUGAAGAUCUACUUCUGUGUCACUAUUUUGUCCCUGCUGAGUGUCAUAGGGCUGACCAUCGAGACACUGGUGAGCCAGACUGAGGAGGACUUCACCAUUUCCUUUAUUCAGCUGGUUGGAGUUGUGUUCUGUGUGUACUACGUGAGCAGGGGCAUCCUGCAGGAGAACCGCCAGGAGCUCGUGGUGUUCGUGCUCUCCAUCCUGCUGCUGAUGCUGCGCUCCAUCAUCAACUUCAGCCUGCUCCCUGCUGCCCAGAAAGCUCAGCUGCUGGCCCGUUUUGUGCUGAUCCUGCUGGUGGGCUCCUUCGAUGUCAUCUGUGCCCUCAUCCUGAUCCAGAGCCAGUCCAUGAUGGCAUUCCGGGUGGGGGGUGCCCUGGAGAGCCUCCAGUCCCAGUACUUCAUGCUCAACCUCUGCUUUUCCAUGCUCACUUUUGAUCUGCAGGCACAGCUGUGCCUGUGCAUCCUCCUGAUCAGCCUGCACGAGGUCACCCUGCUGCACAACAUCAUCUCAUCCACGGGCGUCGUCUGGGGCUGCCUCAAGGUCACCGUGGGCAUCGUUGCAAUUUUAAAAGAGCUGAAACCUCUGGUGUGGGUUUUCCUGAUUCAGAAUGUGCCUGAGGUGGUUUAUCUCGUCUACCUGCUCUACACGGUGAUCAGGGAGUGGGGCAAAGGCAAUUCUUACACCCUGGAAGCUGCUUUCAUCACCGGCUCCUGCAUUUCUGUCACAAUAAAAUCUGUUCUGUUCUGGGCUCUGCUUCACGUCUACCGCAGCUUCGGGCAGGGGCUGAGGGAGAGAAUGUUUUCCUCCUAUGGAAGGAUCGACUCCUGAGCCCUCCCUGUGCAGCUCCCCCAGAGCGAAGCCACCCCAGAACUCCUGAGCAAGGACCUGCACUCGGGGUGGCCACAAAGAGCCCCUUUCCCAGGAUGGAGGAGGGUCAGCAUGGUGGCACACGUUUCUCGGAGCAGUGCAGGUGGGACACAAAACGCGUUUGGGAAAUUCCCAGCUCGUUCUGCUGCCAGGACCAAGCAUCUUUCACUCCUUUUCCUGCUUUGGAAGCACAGGGGUCACAGCUGCAUGGCAGUGGGGAAUGUUGCUCCUUCAGUGCUUUUUGCCUGGACAGACACAAACAUCAUGAAGGAAAUUCGCACACCCACCCUCAAACCCGAGUCCAGAAGGGGAUUGUGCUGCCAUCAUCUCCCAGCUUGGAGCUGCUGCAGAGCAGGUCCAGCCCUGCUGGCUUGGUGACAGUGGUGUCCCCUGUCUAAGGCUCCUUUGGCUUCAGAACAUUUCAAUCAUUUCUUUUUUAACCCAGCUGCACAUGAAAGCUCCCUGUAACCUCAACCCCCCCUCAGUGUAACCAAGGUGCCAUUUCAUACUGGGGGACUGUUAUGAUUAAGCCUUUAAUAUUGUAAUUUAAAAGUUUGGUAUUUUAUUGACUGGAACCUUUAACUACUGGCUAUUUUGUAAUAAAGUUAAUAAGCACA